UUUAUGUGUGUACUAUUUUAUCACCGUUGGAAUUAGUUAUUAUGUGUUUAAAUAAAAAGUAACCUUUGGACCUCACUAGAAUGUGUAACAUUUAUAGUGGUGUGUCGUUCGCAGUACUGUUGUUCUCAGUUGUCUCAUAUAUUUUUGUGAUGAACCAGAAACAAACAGACCUCAUGGCGAAAAAUGGUUUACUAUUUCUUUCUAAUGUUGCCAAAACAAACGACAUUUGUGUUAGAGCCUCAAAGUAUGUUAAGAAAAUGUUAUACAUUAAAAUAAAAGGAAAAAAUGAGAGUGUAUUGCCAGUUGUCAGUAAGCAAAUUGUGGAUUUAUAUUCACAGGCCACAUCUAAAUGCAACAAUUUAGAUGUUAGACUAUUACUAAAACCAAUUGAAUUGACUAAGAAUAUUAAAACAAAUUAUCCGAUAGACCUCAUACUAUAUGACAGUGAUUUAUCAAAGGAGGUGGAAAGUUUGCAGCAUUCGAUAGCAACACUUAAUGCUGGAAGUAAACUAGAAUCUAUAGAAAUAGUGUCAGAUCAUGUGGGUGAAGCUAGUGAAGAACCAGUAAAGACGUAUGAGUAUGUGGCUCUGGGCGGUACAUUCGACCGCCUCCACAAUGGUCACAAGAUAUUGCUGUCACAAGCUGCGCUGCGUGCCACGAAGCAUCUCACGGUGGGAGUCACUGAUGUUAAUAUGAUUCAGUCUAAAAAGCUAUGGGAAUUGAUAGAGCCUAUUGAAACCAGAAUAAAAGCAGUGGUAGAUUUUCUCACUGAUAUUAACCCUGAACUGGAGUACAAUGUAGUCCCAAUACAAGACUUGUAUGGACCGACAAAAGAUGACCCUAGAUAUCAGUUAAUAGUAGUUAGCGAAGAAACGUCACGUGGUGCAGUAAAAAUAAAUGAAAAACGAGCAGAGAACGGCUUGCAACCGUUAGAGACAUAUGUCAUCAAGUUGGCUCAGGACUCCAAUCCAGCGCGCUCUCAUGAAGAAGAGGAGAAAGUCAGUUCAUCCAAUCAUAGAAUGAGGUUGCUUGGAACCUAUUUAAAAUCACCAGUGCCUAACCCUAAUAUACCUGACUGGCCAUACGUAAUAGGCUUAGCUGGUGGGAUAGCCAGUGGAAAAAGUAAUAUAGCAGAAAAACUAAAAGCCAAAGGAGCAGCUAUUAUUAAUUGCGACACUAUUGCGCACGAUUUAUACAAACCGGGACUGCCUCUUAAUAGCACACUGUCGGUGACGUUCAGGAAAGACAUAAUAACUGAUACUGGAGAAGUGGACCGGAGGAAAUUGGGCUCAAUUGUAUUUGGAGAUAAGGAACAACUGGAGAAAUUAAAUACAAUCGUGUGGCCAGCAGUCAUCGAAGAAGCUCAAAGGCGCGUGAGGAUUCUAGGCGAGGAUGGACAUAGAGUGGUCGUCAUGGAGGCGGCCGUGAUGGUCCGCGCCAAGUGGUAUACGCAAUGCCAUCAGCUGUGGUCCGUAAUUAUACCCCCAGAGGAGGCUAUUAAACGACUGCAAAAUCGCAACGGUCUUUCCGAAGAGGAAGCGAAGCAGCGUGUAUCUUCACAGCCGUCCAAUCAAGAGCAGGUUGCACCCGCGAAUAUAGUUUUCAGCCCGUACUGGAGCUACGAGUAUACACAGUCACAGAUUGACCGAGCCUGGGACCUCUUACAGGAGUAUCUGCGUAAUAGAAAAGUGCAAACGUAGAUGGAAGUAAUAGUACAAUAAGAACAUGUUAUCGACAAUUUAAAUAAUCUAAAUUAUUAUUAUAUACAAAACAGCAAGUAUGUGAUUUUUAGUUUAUAACGAACUUGCGACAUGUCUCGGCUUCGCA